UGUGUGUCCAGCUGGUGAAUGCAGCAGAGUGGAGCUAGCUAGCCGGCUAGCAGUCUGAGCCGCAGUUUCCCCUCUUUCUGGGAGGGGGCUUAAACCUAAAAGUACGGCUCUGCUGCGCCGUCAACCCCGACUGCUCACGUAGCUGCCAUGCCGGUCCACUCACGGGAGAAAAAAGAUAGCAACCACGAAGAAAUGGAGGUGGACUUUCCCGAGCAAGACGGCAGCAGCACGGACGAGGAGGAUACGGUUAGCUCGUCCGUGUCUGAAGAUGGAGACAGCUCUGAGAUGGAUGAUGAGGACUGUGAGAGGAGGAGGAUGGAGUGUCUGGAUGAGAUGACAACACUAGAGAAACAAUUCACCGACUUAAAGGAGCAGCUGUAUAAGGAGCGUCUCAGCCAGGUGGAGAUAAAGCUGCAGGAGGUGAUGGCUGGCUGCGCUCAGGAGUACCUGGAACCUUUGGCCAACCUGCAAGAAAACAUGCAGAUCCGGACCAAAGUAGCUGGGAUCUACAAAGAGUUGUGCCUGGAGUCGGUGAGGAACAAAUAUGAGUGUGAAAUCCAGGCCGCUUGCCAGCACUGGGAGAGUGAGAAGUUGCUGCUUUUUGACACUGUGCAGAGUGAGCUGGAGGAGAAGAUACGAAGACUGGAGGAGGACAGGCACAGUAUUGACAUUACCUCAGAGCUAUGGAACGACGGACUGCAGGCUCGGAAAAACAAGAAAAAAGAUCCGUUCUGUCCCGUCAAGAAGAAGAAGCCUGUCGUCGUUUCUGGGCCUUAUAUUGUUUACAUGCUGCAGGACCUGGAUAUCCUUGAAGACUGGACCGCCAUAAGAAAGGCAAUGGCUUCUUUGGGGCCGCACCGGGUGAAGGUGGACGUGCCUGCAGUGAAACCGGACAGACAUCACCAUGUGGCGCGCCCUGAGGAAGGUCGACUGUUCUACGACAACCAGUGGUACUGCAGGGGACAGGCCAUCUGUAUCAACAGGAAGGACGAGUUUCCAACCAGCGCCAUCAUCACCACCAUCAACAACGACGAGGUGUGGUUCAAACGUCUGGAUGGCACCAAGUCCAAGCUGUACAUCUCCCAGCUGCAGAAAGGCAAAUACACCAUCAAACACUCAUAGAGGAGACGGGAUCAACUCUUCAACACCCCCCCUCUCCCCUCUUCCCACCUCUUGUUUUCGUCUCCGCCGUCCUCUCUCCAUGUUGCAUCUCUUCCUGUUCUACUACUACUACACAACCUAAACACUAACGGAUAUCUGCUGGUGCUUUCUGUAUGGGAGUGUCGUUUGUGUACGUGUGCGAUUAAAAAAAGCAUCAUUUUCUCUGGAGCGGAGAUCGACGCAAAGUGCUGCUAAUAAGAAACAAGCCGGGGCGGGGCGGGGUGGGGGGGGUGAAGUAACUGUGAAGCGCAGAGCUCAGUCGAGUGCCUUUUCCGAGACGGGACGCCGCCUGUCGCCGCUGACGGCGGGCGACGGAGGAGGUGGGCGUAAAGUCUUGACCUAUCAACGCAGCGAAGCCUUACUCAGCGCUGCGUUGGCACCAGGAGGACUGAAGCGGGUCAGUGAGCGAGUGGAUGCGAAUCCCUUCUAAACUUGAAUCUCAUGCUCAUAGAGAAAUUCUGUUCAAUUCUUAGUUGGGGAUCCCCUGAGCAACGUGUAGUCUCAUAAAGGUUGGAGUCGUCUUAGGAACCGUUGUGUUUGAUCUCUUUGAUGUUUUAGUGUAACUUUGUUUCUCAGCACCACACCAAGCCCCUCCCUCCCCUCCUCCCCUCACACUAAGCAGUUUUAGGGGGCUGCCCUGUAUAUAGAAACAUUUGUGUUCUGUGUUCUUUUAAUGUUGCCAAUCAGCUAACGUUACCUCCACUUUGUGACCAUAUAAGUGGAGUUAAAAAUAAAGCCGCAGUCAUUUUGGGGCUGCAUUUCUGCGAGUAAAGCUCAGUGCCAUUCGGCAGCAAACACUGCUGCUCCUCCUCAUCUGCUCCCAUCCCUUUCCUGUUUUUUGUGUCGCCAUCUUUGAAGA